UCUGGUUUUGCAUUUUAACUGAAGUUAAACAACUUUAUUUAAUUUCGAAUAUCUAACACAAGUAGUGCAGUCCAUUGCUGUGUCCAACCAGAUGGGGAAGACAGGACUCGAGUUCAAAUCACAAAACAUAUCUGGGAAUUGACUACUUGUGGGUGCCUAUAACAUUAGCAUCCCUACACCAGCAGGUGACCCAGAGCCAAGCCCAGGAGGACUCUGUCCCAGCAGUGGUGCUUUUCAUCAAAAAUGGAAGCUGUGCCUCCCAUCCUGCCCUCAGCUCAGAACACACAGCCUCCAACUGCCACUGCACAAGACAUAAUUCAUUUCAAGCUCUGUCCUUAGUAAUGUCCCAUCCUGCUUCGCAGCAGUAGCACUGUAUCUCAAAACUGCUGUCUUCAGCCUAAUCCAUCAUUCAAGAGAGUUGGGCAGAAACAACUGAGGUUCACCACACAAAAUAAAAGCAGCUGCUGUAGGCAUAAAUCUGUAACUGCUGUAAUCUACAGAGGGAAUAUUUUUCCCCUGCCAUGGGAUUACGGGAGAGAUUUUGUUGUUUUGAAUUAGCUUCUUUGAAACAUACUUCUGUGAAUUUAGGGAGAGACUCUGACACAUGGAAACAGAAUUUCUUUGUCCUGUAGAAUUACCUAUCUAGGGAGCUCUUCCAGAGCAGGAGCCCAAGGGUGCAAAGAGCUGGAACACUGGGGGCAGCCCCAGCACUGUGCUGGCCCAGACCUAUCCAUCCCACAGCUCUGUGCUCAGCUGAACUGCCCAUGAGUGUUACUAGAAGAAUCUUUGUUUAAAAGGGCCUGGUAUCAGAGCAAUCCCACAUAGCCAUGUACUCUGAGUUAAAAAAGGGACUUCACAGUUAUUCAGGGGAUGACAGCAAAGCUCAAGUGCAAUGAAGUCAGAGGCAGGAAUACUUCAGGUCAUUGGACACUUCCAGGGAAACCAGACCAACAUUCAAUUUCCAUUCUCAUCUCCCAUUCUCACUGAACAAUAGGUUAAUAGAGGAGGAAAAAAAAGAGGCAAUUGAACUUGAAGAACCCUGUCCUUGAAGAUAGGACUGCCAGAGAUUGUUUGAGAAGUGAAUUCAUCUACAAAUUAACUCCCAGAUAACUUGCUCAGUAAGCAGCUGGGGCUCCGACCCUCCUGGAAUAACCCUUUGCUACCUAUACAAAACAACAUGCUUCUCAAGCUGAGGCCGGAGAGGAGAAAAAAGCCGCACAGGAUCAACUAGCAAGAGCUAGAGACGCAGAGCUGCAAUUUGCUUCAUUUAUGAGCAAAUUCAGGACCGAAAAUAAACCCAAACCAUCAGGAGGCACCUCCGCCUCCCCCGGGACGAACGGAACGCGCACGGCGGCGGCUGCCAGCAGGGGGCGCUAUGCGGGCUGCGCCGCGCUGUCACUCAGCGAGCCGCCCGCUCGGCAGUGGCCGCAGCUCCGCGCGGAGGACCGAGUAGGAGUUGGUUUUCCUCUCACACGUGUAUAAAGCCCUGGGGGUGUUUUGUUGGUUUCUCGUUGCUUUACCUUUCUUGACAUCGAAGUCUCGAGCUGCAGCAGACCGGCCGGCUGCACAGAGGGGGCUUUCGGCUGCAGCCGCGGAGCCGGCACCGUGCUGCUGCUGGCUUCUUUCUUCGGAAAAAGCAGCUUGAUGCCCGAUUUUAAGCUCACUUCCUUCCAAGGCAGAGCAGGAGCCUGGGACUGACACGAGACUCACUGUAAAUGAAGAUUCUUCUUUUUAAGUUUCCACUUGCAGAAGUGGCUGACAAGAACUCCUGCUUGGUUCCACUCUGUGUGCAUUGCAACAACUCGGAAGGAAUUAUUUUUCCAUUUGCUUUUUUCUUUUCCCUUCUUCCCCCCCUUUUUCUUUUCUUCUUCUUUUAACCUUUGCUCUGCCAGUUCUGUUAUCUCCUGCAAACCUGGCUGACCAUGAACAGCACACACUUUGCCUUUUCAUUUCAGCCCAUGCUGCUUAACGUCACCGAAGAUGUCAAUGACUCAGUUCUCAGCAACAGAAGCAGUGAUGGAUUUUGCGAGCAAGUCUUCAUAAAAGCUGAGGUCUUCUUGGCUUUAGGGAUCAUCAGCCUGCUGGAAAACAUCCUCGUCAUUCUCGCAGUGCUGAAGAAUGGAAACCUACAUUCUCCCAUGUACUUCUUCCUCUGUAGCUUGGCUGUGGCAGAUAUGUUAGUGAGCACGUCAAACGCCUUGGAGACCAUCAUGAUCGCAAUCCUGAGCAGCGGCUAUUUGAUCAUCGACGACCACUUCAUUCAGCACAUGGACAAUGUUUUUGACUCAAUGAUAUGCAUUUCUUUGGUAGCGUCAAUUUGCAACCUCUUGGUUAUAGCCAUUGACAGGUACAUCACUAUUUUCUAUGCUCUCCGUUACCACAGCAUCAUGACUGUGAAGAAAGCUUUAACCCUAAUCGUGCUCAUCUGGAUCGCCUGCAUCAUCUGCGGCAUCAUAUUCAUUGCCUACUCAGAAAGCAAAACUGUCAUUGUCUGUCUCAUCACCAUGUUCUUUACCAUGCUCUUCCUCAUGGCCUCCCUUUACGUUCACAUGUUCCUGUUUGCACGCCUGCACGUGAAGCGGAUCGCAGCCCUCCCUGUGGACGGGGUGCCCUCCCAGCAGACCUGCAUGAAGGGCGCCGUCACCAUCACCAUACUGCUGGGUGUCUUCAUUGUUUGCUGGGCGCCUUUCUUCCUUCACCUCAUUCUCAUCAUUUCUUGCCCCGUGAAUCCAUACUGUGUCUGCUACACUUCACACUUCAAUACUUAUCUGGUUUUGAUAAUGUGCAACUCGGUAAUCGACCCGCUCAUUUAUGCCUUCCGCAGCCUGGAGAUGAGAAAGACUUUCAAAGAAAUAGUAUGUUGCUGCUAUGGUGUGAGCGUGGGACAGUGCAUGCUGUGAGCUCCUGGCUGUGUGUGGGAGCAGAGGAAGCAUACAGUAGGUGUAUGAAUGUGUACAUGGACGUAGAUACAUAGCAGCUUCAUUGUAAAAGUGCUGCUUGAAGAAAGGGCACAGGAAAAAAGCUCCUAUUUAAUGCCUUGAUUUACGCUUUUCAAAAUGAAAGGAUUCAACUAAAUUAUUUGAAGCUAUUUAAAUAGCCAUAACAAAGCAAAGUCCAAAGCAGCUUGCAAAAUAGAUGAAAAAAUGUAAAAUGAGGAAAAAAAGAAUCCUGAAAGUGAACAUCACAUGGAAUAAUAUUCUGUCUCUCUCCUCCAUCUGCACCUGUUGCUUUAUCUCUGUGCCUCUAUCAGAGAAGUCAGUGUUUCCUAAAAGAUUCCCUUAGGAACUUCUUUGGAAAGCUACUCACCCACAAUCAAAUCAAAACACUGAUAGUGACAGCUUUGCUCCCAUGCCUCCACCUUUUAAUAAAGGAACAGACUGACAUUUGUGCUGCUUGCUAUAAGGCAAAUCAAGAAGAGUCUUAAAAUGAUGAAAGCAAACCAUCCCCAGCACUGAACUAUUCCUCCUGUAAAGUCAGCUCGGUGAGAAUGAACAACUGUGUGAUUUACACAGCUGAUGGGUAGAAGUGAAGAUGCCACAAUUACUUUCCUUUCUGUGGGAUAACAGUACUAUAUCCUCAGAAGUUUUUGAAAAAGUGGAUUGCACCAAUUAAUGUAUUUGGUAUGUUGAUACAUCAGAUGUCUCAUUUUGAUAAUUAUUAUCCAGUGAGAUUCAUCCCUUGAGAAUUUCGAAGACUGAGGAUCUGAAGACAGAGCUGAAUAUAAUGAAUAGCUAAGAUGCCAAAUCAUUUAACACAAAGCUGCAUUAAAUCUACACAGACUCUUCAGAAACAGCCAUUUGGCUGAGUGAGGUACCUGCUAACAGGCAGAUGUGGCUCUGUGCACUGAUUAUUGUAUGUCCUGGGUCAGUCUGGUUUUACUUAGAGAGCUUUAACCUGACAGCAGUGGAUGAACACUCCUGCACUGACAUCAAGAAAACAGUGUUUUCUUUGCAGUCAUUUUUAUGUGCAAGUUGAUGGCAUAUAAAGCACACAACUUCAGCUACAGCAGUUCAGUCUUUUCCUCUGCUUCUCGUAGGAACAAACCACAUGAAAAGCCCUCGAGUAGCAUCUCAUAACCAAGCAAAGGCAGACGUGAGUUGUGUGUAUUACAAUCUACAGGCUGCAUUGCUGUCAUCACAGUGCCACACUAAAUAAAACUCUAAGCCAUGAUAAAGUCUGCUUAGCAGCCUUC